AUGCUUGACGAUGUUCGUCAAUUCAUUUCUAAGCACCACUUCGCGAGAGGAACCGUCUUGGAACGGCCUCUUGAGGCUUGGCCAGAGUUCAAAAGCGGAAGGCUGACAGACGAAGAAAUAGCCCAGAUUACAGGCAAGUCAAAGACCGAAAUCGCACUCGAUCGCCGCGUCGCCCUCAAAGAUUACAAAAAGAUCUUGACGAGCUCUUCACCUACGAGAGGUUCGAAUGACCAAUCUACAUACAGACACACGAACGAUGCACAAGUUUGUGAAGUCAAAAGACAACAGCUUAGGAACGAAGCCGUGACUAACAACGUAAACACAAUCGUUCGCAAUUGGGACAAAUACCCCGCGAAGAGGAAUCAGAAAGAUGCAAUUGUCAGAGCUAUGGUGACCUCUUCUUAUGAUGACCAGGGAAAAGUCGUGUGGCAUACUGAAAUUCCCGUUGUGAAAGUCAAUCCCACAAUGUCAGACGCAGAAACCAGUGAAGAGAGUUCAUCAGAGGACGAGGAGGCGAAUCAAGCACGAGAACGAGAGCGUCAAACUCAGGCGCCGACAACUCCCACAACAUCUAGUGCUCGUGGCUGGGGCCUUGGGUCCAUCGUACCAUCUGCAGCUCGUACCGUAACAAAAUUUCUACCUAGUUUUGGUCGACGCGCUGAUUCGACACCUGAAUCAACAACACAGCCACGACGCGUCAUUGCCACCGAGCCAAAACGUCGACAACUCGCCACCUCUACAAAUGACUCGACACCUCUUACAUCUCAGCGCAAGAACAAGGCAGAGACUCUAAAGGCGGCCGCAUUGCGGGCCAAAGAGGAAAAUGCACGUCGGAGGAAGAAGAAGGAAGAGAGAAAGGAAUUGGCAGCUGAAGUACUAAGGCUUAGCAAGCAGAAUAAGAAUCUCUCCAAAGACCUUGUGUCUGCCAAACAAGACUUGCUGCAAUAUCGCCCCCCUCCACCAAUGGUGUCAAGAAUGGCAGAACGUCGCGAAGCCGAGGAGAAGCGACAAGCAGAACUCAAGGAGGAAAGUGCGAGAAAGGAGGCAGAAGGAUUCGCGAGGACAGUGGAGACUGGAAUCCCAUCGUAUUAUGUGGAGGAUCCUGCUGAUAAAGGAAAGAAGAGGGAGAGUACACGACCAGUAUUAUCAAUUGAGAAUGCCGCCAACACGGAGGGCCUUGUUGACGGAGUGGACUCGGCUGAAGUGGACAAGCGUGUUGACAAAGGAAAAGGAAGGGAGAAGAAGCGUAAGCGCUCACUUACACCAGAGAUCAUUCCAAAUCCACCUGGAGCAUCCUUUGGAAUGCAUGACAAGUACUUUGGCCCUCUUGGUUCGGACGAGGAAAGCUCAGAUGACGAGUCUAUUGCUUCAUCUCGCACGCCAAGCAAGCGUCAACGCACAAGUGGAGCAGUGGAUGUCAUGUCGAGUUCGAAAAAGGCAACCUCACGAAAAAGUACCACACCCUCCGCGCGACGCCAGCCUACUCCAAAGCCUCGACUCCCAAUUCAUCCAGACAAAAAUCACGAAUACCAGAGUUGGAAGCAGUGUAGAAUUGCCAUACAUCAGUCUACUGAUUAUGAUAUUUACUUGGGAAUCUUCGGACCAACAGAGCUACGAGACGAAUUCUAUCCGCGCGAGCCUGUCCAACGUAACGACUCUGAGGAGGAGGAAGAGCCCGAGACACCAGUCCCAGCAAAGAAAACUCAUGGACCUGCUACCACACCCCCGAUCCGCUUCACUGCUGGAGGAGGACGCAUCUUCGAGGUGCCUUCGCCAACCUCUACAGACAACACUGAUUUCGAUGACUCCUAUGCGGAGCCUACAACUCCUGUGCAGGCUGUCUCGGCAUUGCGAGCUGAUACAUCAACACCACGAGCCUCUGAGCAAGUCUCGAAUCAGACUCCUACACCAAGGCCGCAAGAGCAAGUCAUCGGCCAGAUAUCUACCCCCAAGCCAACACAGCAGUCUGCUGGCCAGACUCCUGCUUCAGCACAGAACACAUUGCAGGAAACCCCGAAAACGGCUCCAGUAGCGUCAAGCUCUAGGAUUGCACAGCAACCUCAACCGACUCCUCGUCCUGUACAGCAGCCAGCCUCCCAUCCUGCCACGUUCGCUGAAGCGGUUGCGCUAGCAAAGCAGAGAGACCAAGCAUUAAAGUAUGCACCCAGAAAGCACAGUAGCCUUCAGAAUUCCUAUCGCCUCUCGACUUCUACCGUGGCAUCUGAUGACGCAAGUGAGCAUGGCGAGGAGGAAGCACAAGACGAUGCAAUUGCCCAAUCGAUUCGAUUGCCGACGGAAAUCGCGGCCCUGCCAGACUCCCCUCCACAAGAACAUGCGGCAUUGCCAGGACCCAGCGCAGAAUCUUAUCAAUUGCCACAGGACAUGCCAGCUCUACCAGAAUCACCUCCGGAACAAGAUGUGGCAUUGCCACAGCCUAGCGCAGAAUCAUAUCAAGCCAGAGAAAAUUAUCCAAUCCAAGAGGAAGACGGUGCAUUUUCGAGCGACAACCGCCCAUCUUCGACUACUUCCCUUGAUGAUGACCAAUACGAUCCAAGAGUAGCUCAUUUCCAAGCUUAUGAAGCUUACAAACCGAAAAUGACGGAUCGUGCUCGUGGUCUCGUUGACUCAAGUUGGAAUCCAGAGGUUCACUCGAACGCAGCUUAUCACAAGAUGCAGCGUGAGCUCCAAUUGUUCAAGCAACAGAAGAAACAGGAAGAGGAAGAAGCUCGUGCGUCAGGACAAAGCACGGCCCCUACGGCAUCAGCUGUGGCACCCGCUCAAUUCUCACUACCACCCGGCCCCACGACGCAGGCUUCGUCUCUUUCAGGGCCAUCGCAACAGCAUGCACCAGUCGUUCAAACCUCAUCAUUCAGUGAUCCCUCUAUCGAUCCUGUGCUUACAGGCGACGUAGCUCGAUUCAGCCCGCGCGUCAAUGAAUUCAUUGAUCAGAACUGGACGGAAGAACGCAGCGUCCAGGCGGGCGAGGAUUUUGCAGCAGAAUUCGCCGCAUUCAAGGCAGCAAGGACUGUCCCCGCUGCGUAA